AUGGACACCUCGGCCAGAGUUUCCACGGCGGAGUCGGACAGCGGGCUGGCUUCCGACCUCUUGUUGAGCCCCUUGGCCAGCCCGGAGGUGCGGAGAUCCCGGCGGGAGAAUGUGGAACUGCGCCAGCUCAACAACCGCUUGGCCGCCUACAUCCAACGCGUGCAGGCCUUGGAGGGGACCAAAGCGGCGUUGCUACUCCGCCUGGGCCGGUGCGAGGAGGACAGCAGCCGGGACCUGGGCUCCCUGCGGAGCAGCUACGAGAGGGAGCUGGACAAGGCGCGCCAGGCGUUGGAGCAGCGAGCUUUGCGAGAGUCGGCCUUGCAGGCGGCGGUGGACAAGCUGCGCGAAGAGCACCGGCAGCUCCUGGCCAGGAAUACUAAAAGAGAAAAUGAAUUGAGCUCGGCAGUCGCUCGAGUGGGGGAUCUGGUUGCUCAGCUAAACUCCAGAGAGGCUGAUCUGGCGACCGCAUUACACACGCAACGGAGUUUGCAGAAAGAGCUUCAAGAAUCCAGGAACCAAGCGACCUCUCUGAAGGAGCUGCUGGAAAGCUCCAGGAAUGAACUGCAGAAUGAGAAGUUGAAACGAGCAGAGUUGGAAAAUCAAGGGACAUCUUUCCAAGAACAAGUGGAGUUUCUGAAGAGCUUCCAUGAAAAUGAACUCAAGAACGAGAAGCAAUUUUACGAGAGGAGGAUUCAAGAAAUUGUAUCUGGCUACGAACAGGAAAAUGAAGCUAAACUAGUGAAUUCUCUCCAAGAGCUCAGAAAAGAGAAUGAAGAACAAAUCAAGAAGUACAAAGAUCAAGUGGAGCAAAAUUUCCAAGCCAAAGUACAAAAUGCCCUCCUUUAUGCUGAAAAGAAGCAUGAUUUUGCUGCUACUGUUCAAGAGGAACUGAAAAAAACGAAACUGAAGGUUGAUAACCUCUCAUCACAGAAUGCCGAAUUGCGAGCCAGGAUCAAAGAGCUGGAGACUAAGAUCAAGGACCUACAGAGGGGGAUUGAUACGGAACGUGACUCUUCCAAGAGAUGCCUGGCUGAGAAAAACAGAGAGAUGGCAGAGAUGCAGCAACAGAUGCAGUCCCAGCUGGACAAAUAUGAGGAUCUGUUGGACGUGAAGAUGUCCCUGGACUUUGAGAUCAAUGCCUACAAGGUGUUGCUGGAAGGAGAAGAAAAACGUUUGAAACUCUCCAAAUUCUCCGCUGAAAGCCGGGAAGGAGAGAGGAGAAGCGAUGGGAGUUGGACCACCGUAAGUCAUGGCCACCGCCUCUUCCUGCAAGGAAGGAAACGGAAACGCGUAUCGGCCAAGACACAGGCUCACAGCCUGAGCUUCAAAGUACUCCAACGAGCAUCUUCUUCCGGGAGCAUCUCCAUAGAAGACAUUGACAUGGAAGGGAAUUUCAUCAAAAUUAAAAACAAUUCUGACAAGGAGAUUGCAGAUGGGAUGAUCACGUAUCUGGAAAGAGGAGAAGGUGAGGGAGAAGUGGAAGAUGCUGCAGAACAAACCAAACUAGGGAUUCACAGCCAGCUUACAUGGUUUAUGAGAAAUAGGAAAGAAAGAAAAAACUAUCAACAGUUAGAUGAAAUUGCCAAGAAGGCUGAAAUAGCUCCUUUCUAUAAUAAUUAG